AACGAGAAGCAAACGAGCAAAGGAGGAGGGAAGACUAGACCAGGCACCGGCACAAAGCCUUCUGCAAAACUGAAUGAGAGAGUGAAAAUCCCGCUACAACCACACACACACCGAUCCGACACUGCGUUUAUCACCGGCGUGUCACGACCAGAAAGCCCCGAUGGACUCCAGAAGCAGCACAGAAGAGAAGCCUGUCCAGAGAUCCAAGUCUUUUAGCUUCAAGACUCCAAAUGAAGUGUGUGCGGCGUGUGAGAAGACUGUGUACCCGAUGGAAAGACUGGCAGCAAACAACCAGAUCUUCCAUUCGAGAUGUUUCUGCUGUCUGCAGUGCAACACCAAACUGAGCCUCGGGAACUACACUGCUCUCCAGGGUAAAUUUUACUGCAAAGCCCAUUACCAGCAGCUGUUCAAGAGCAAAGGAAACUACGAUGAGGGCUUUGGGCGUAAACAGUACAAAGAGCGCUGGGCCAACAAGGAUUCAGAAACCAUAACAAAGUCUCCAUAAAGUUGUCCUCCCCUGUCCCAUCCAGGCCUUACCUCCUAUGGUCCGAACACACGCCUCAUGCCGGGGUGCUCUGAAAUAACCCACACGCGCUUUCUAAAUGCCAUUUGAUCAGAAAAACAGGUCAAACACAAUCAAGCAAAAAAAAUGCAUGAGUGUUUAGUUAUUUUAUUUUACUUUGUGACCAAAAGUCUUCUCUGGUUAGGGGAGUAUAAUUUUAAAUGUUUUGUUUUUUUGAUUUGACCUUUUUGUUGUUUGAGCGAGAAUAAUUUUGCACCAUUCAGUUUUACUAUUCAAACUGUACGCUCAGGCAUACGUGUAUUGCAAGUCAACAUACAUUAAAUAAGUUUGGUAAUUGAUAAACUAUCCUGCAAUAUAAAAAGGGAUUAUAUGUAGUUAUCAAUUGAAUCACAUUACAGUAAAUGGUACAGUAUUGGACUUGAAUAUGAAUCUCCAAACUGAGGUUCAUUCAUUGUGACAUUCCCUCGGGCAGUGCUCAUCCCUGCUGUCUGGAAGCUUACACUGGAGCCGAUCUGAAAAUUAUAGGGGCAGCCCAUUUAAUAGGACAGCAAUAGGAGACACUUAAUAAUAGGGCUGGGAAUCACUGGCUCCCUCACGAGAUACAUGGCUGCCUAUACAAUGUUAUGAUGAUAUGGUGAAAAAAUGUGAUAAUCUAUAUAUUUCGCAUGAUACUUUGUGAUAUGUUGCUGUUGCUGUUUUUAAAGAAUCAGACACAUUUUGGCAACAUGUUCACAAAAAAAUUACUAAAAGACCCCAAAAAUACUCUUGGUGUUAUAUAUUGAUACAGCAGUGCAUGAUAACAAUACUGUAUCACCAAAUUUAGUAUCAUGAUAUUUCCAUAUUUUUGACCAUCCCUGCUUAAUAAUAGAUCUCCUGUUACAAAAUGAUCCAUAAAAAUGUUUUACCAAUUUCUAUAGCAGUUUCUACAUUUUGGGGUUAAAAACAUCCAGAGCUUUGUACUAGUUAGCUAGUUAGUUAGUUACAAGUUUAUCAGCGAAAAUGACAACACUGUAGACUGUAUAUAAAGCAAUACAUUAAUAAUAUUUAGGAUAAGUCAACAGUAAAAGGGUUUACACCUUGAAAAGUAUGUUUAAAUUGUCAGUGAAGUAUCCUGAAUGAUAUUUGGAAGAUAAUAUAACUGCUAAUGUCACUGCUGUAACUAAAGCUGCAUAUAAUCCCUAUAAAUCAAACUUGCUAUCCUUGUUUGAAGAUUUCAGUCUCACACAAGGAACACACAGGGUACACAAACUACUGUAAAAUGCACAAUAAUUGGCAACAACUCACCUCAUGUUGUAGUUCAUUGCUGUUCACGCCACUUUAAUUUUUUUUUAUUUUUAGUCUUAAAUUUUGUGCAUGUUGGUGUGGCUGGCUCUUAACUGCCUUAUCUCAUGACUGUAUAUUGUGAAUCGUUUUAAUUGUUCAAUGUUUUGGAUUUGAUUUAUGUUAAAGGCAUAAAUGAAUCCUCUCUCUGCUUUUAUUAUUGAAAACUUUUAAAAGAUUGUGUUUUGUAUCCUGUCUGUACAUAGAAAAUGUUUGUAACUUAAACAUUCCCAUAAUGUACCUUGCACACGAUUCACGAGAAGAUACCAGUUGUCACAAGGAACCUAUUUUGUUACAUACCUUCUUCACGCUUAAAGAAAAACUGGGUUAACUGAUUAUUACUUAGUCGUCAAGCGUUGACAACUUCAAUCAUCAGUAACUGUCUUCAUGUAAUGUCCCCUUUGUGUAUCUAAGCAUGGUUAUAACAGGGGACUGACACCUCCAACACAUUUUCCCUUUAUUAUUUUUAAUGCCUUUUAUAUUUCUUGCCAUGUUUUCUAAAAACACCACGGACCUAUGUUUUCUCAGUACUGUAAAUGGCGAAGGUAAUGUCUUUUUGUUCGAUGGUAGGGCUCCCCCUACUGGGCAAAGCGUUGCAAUACUUUUGUAAUAAAGAUAAAAGGCUUCAAUCACAAACUCAAAUUAUUCUGUUAAAAUGUGACAAACUUUCCAGCCAUUUUACAACUGAUUAUGUUAAAAGCCAUUUAAAGCUGGACUGUGUAACUCUUCUCGGUCUGCCAUCUGCAUCUGCCAUCCAUAGAGAUAUUGUUGCUUUCCCUGAAAUGUUCCACUGUUGGGCAUUAAACUUAUCUAUCUGCAGUUACACACAAUCACAGGUAUUUUAAUUGCUUAAAAACAAUCUUGAAAAACAUGUAAUCUUACUGUGAGUGAGAUUGUCUCUCCACAGAUUUGACCUGUCACAUUGACCUGUUUCCAUGGAGAUUCCAGAAAAAGCAGCAACCAUGGUGACAAGCAGGUGGCAGGCUCUCCACUCAUAAAGUUACGCAGUGCACCUUUAAAAAAAUCUACUUUUUCAAAAUAAGCACCAAUAUGACUUGACACCAGACACUUGAAUGACACAAUGUACUUUUGUGACUGAGAGUUUACUGUGAAUUUGAGCAUGCUGUGUAGAAGAGAAAAGAUAAUAUUUGCUACUUUUUGAAGCAAAGCCUUAUAGAAAUGGAACAAUAUUUUAACCACGUCUCUUAAGAAAUUCUCAUGCCUUUAAAAAAAAAAAUUACAUUGCUUCAGUCAGCCAGCAGCAUGUAUUCUUUUCUCAUAUAUUCACAUAUGUACAGUCAUUUGAAUUCUCUGUUUUCAUUUUAGGAUUAUAAUUUGAAUCCUAAUGCUUUAAACUUGUUAAGUGUUUGUCAAUGCGCAGUUUUGCCAAGGUACAAGUAAGUCCAGUCCUGGUCAUUUGUAAUAUUUCUGGUAUGGUCCAUUGAAACUCUGGUGCCAACAGGCUCAGGUGAAUGACUAAAAACAUGUACUCUGUGUAGUUUUAUUUUUGUGGAAACGUGAUGUGAAAUUUUCAAAACUGUUAAUACCACUGAAAUGUUUUGAAUAUGCAUCUUUUGGAAAUGUAUUUUAUAUUUCAGACAUGUGGGUCGAGGUGGCCUUAUACAGCUAAAGGACGUUAAGACUGUAACAGACAGUCUUGUUCCUUCAAUCCCUUUUUUAAUUAUGUAAAAACAGCCCUUUCUACACCAAUACACACAAUCAUUUGGAGCUUUUUCUCAUCUUUUUUUUUUUCUUUUUUACAUGCUUUAAAAUAAAAAUGCUGGUGUUGAGAUGUCAA